AUGUAUUUCUCAAUAUUUCUGCAAUGUUUUUGGAUAAAGUUGAUUGUCAGCAGUGUAAUCAUCGACCAUGACUACAAUUUAUCGAUCGAAGAGGAAGAUGAUUCUUUUGAUCACGGAAAGAAGAAUUGCACCAGAGACAUUGAGAUUAUCGAAACAAUCACAAAUACAACAUAUUACAACAAAUUGAGGAUACCAAAGGAUACGGGUAUGACAGUGAGAGUUGAGAUAUGGAUACAAGCUAUAUCAUCAAUUGAUGAAAUGACAAAUGAUUUUGAGAUGGAUAUCUAUAUCACAGAGACAUGGCACGAUCCAGCUCUCCGAUUUGAGCAUCUUAAUCCAUGUAAAGGAAAUCUAUCACUCAAUCAUCAGGUUUUGGACAAAUUGUGGACACCGAAUAGCUGUUUCAUCAAUAGCAAAGUCGCUCAAAUACAUGAUUCACCUUUUCGAAGUAUUUUCUUAAUGCUUCAUCCGAAUGGAACUGUCAUGGUGAAUUAUAGAGUGCGAGUGAAGGGUCCAUGCGAGUUAGAUCUCGCUCAGUUCCCAAUGGAUACACAGACAUGCGGACUCAUCUACGAGAGUUUUAACUACAACAAUCAAGAAGUGAAGAUGAAAUGGACAAGUGAUGAUGGAACAGCUGUCAGACCGCUAGAUAAAAUCGUUCUUCCCGAUUUCACUUUAAUCGGCAUUCAUACGCAAAGCAAGGAAGAGCCAUAUCCAGCUGGUAUGUGGGAUGAACUCCAUCUGACUUUGAUCUUUGAGCGACGGUAUAUCUGGUAUUUCAUGCAAGCCUAUCUUCCCACAUAUCUCACUAUCUUUAUUAGUUGGGUUUCUUUCUCGCUUGGACCACGGGCCAUCCCGGCACGAACAAUGCUUGGAGUGAAUGCUUUGUUAGCAAUGAUAUUUCAGUUUGGAAAUAUUAUGCGAAAUCUCCCCAGAGUCUCCUAUAUCAAGGCUAUAGAUGUUUGGAUGCUCGUUUCAAUGACUUUCAUUUUCUGCUCAUUGCUAGAGUUGGCGAUUAUCGGGUAUAAAGUACGCGAGGUUGGCCCGAAACCGAAAAGUCCAAAAAGGAAAGAGAGUGAAGCCUAUGAAGCAUCUCCAAAGGGUCUUUGUCUUUACGAGAAACGAUUUAUGCUUCCCGCCAAUUGUAAAGCUGAACUUAAAAAAGAAAGUAAAUGGAAAAAGCAAACGGGUACGGAUUGGCCACCAGAGAGAAUCGAUGAACUCUCGAGUCUCAUGUUUCCUGCAUGCUUCUUGAUUUUCAAUAUAGUCUAUUGGACGUACUACGGACGGAGUAGCAGUCAAGAAAAGCUCUCAAGGAAUGGAACUGUUUUGAUUAUG